AUGGGUGACCUUACAAGAUCCAGUGCCACCAAAAUGAAAAUUCCACCGCCUCUAAAUUUGUCCUCAGAUCCUGACGACGAUUCAUACAAUCAAAAAAGUCGCAUACUGAAAAAUGAUUUACUAUUACACGAAGCAGUUAUCAAAAACGAACCGGAAACGGUAAAAAAAGUACUAGAAGAAACUGUCGACGUCAAUUCGCGUAAUAAUUAUGGCCGAGCUCCGAUUCAUUGGGCAGCCUCGAGAGGAAACACCGAAAUAAUAGAGCUGCUUAUGAAGGCUGACUGUGACAUUGAGGCGAAGGAUAAAUUCGGAAUGCGGCCCUUACACAUGGCUGCUUGGUAUGGCCAUCUUGACGCUGUCAAACUGCUUGUUGAUGCCGGUGCUAAUGUUGAAGCUGUUAAUAAGAAAAAAUACACACUCCUAAUGUGUGGAUCUCGAGGGAGCAGUAGUAUAGUAAUAGAAUAUUUGAUAAAAGUAAUGGAGUUUGUAAAUGUCGAGGCAACUGACAAUACAGGCGCAACUGCUCUGCAUCAUGCCGCAAUAUCUGGGCAUCCGGAUGUAAUAAAAGCACUGUCAAGGAUCCCCGGGAUUAAAUUCAACGUGACAGAUAAAAAAGGACAAACUCCCCUGCAUUGUGCUUGCGCGGAAGGACACAUGGAGGCAGUUGAAACUUUAAUUAACUUGGGAUCUAAUUUGAAUGAUCGUGACAACGAUGGUUACAGUCCAUUACACGUCGCUACACGGAUGAGAAACACGGGAAUCGUUCAGAUACUUCUCAAUGCUAAUGCUAAUUGCAAUAUUACCGAUGACAACGGAUUAACGUCCUUGCACAUGGCUGCCAGUCAAGGAUGCAAGGGAAUACUAGAAUCUAUUAUCGACUACUGUCCUGAUGUUAUUAAUAAACAGUGCAAUAUCGGAAACACGCCGUUGCAUUUAGCGUGUCAAAACAAUCAAAUGGAUACUAUUGAAAUUUUAUUGAAAAAAAAAGCAGACAUUAAUUGUUUGAAUCUGAAACUACAAACUCCAAUACACAUCGCUGCGGAAAUGGGUCACACGGAUGUUUGCAAACUCCUACUUGCUGCUGGAGCAAAUAUCGAGCAGAGAGAGAAAGGUGGGCGAACACCCCUCUACAUCGCGGCAAGGGGCAGUUUUACGGCUAUUGUUGAUAUGAUUAUCAAAACUGCCAGGCUAGGCUGCCCGGACAGCACUGUCAAUGACGAAGAUGGAUUAGUGAGGAAAAAAUUCAAUGAGCCGCGCUGGAGCACCAUUAGCGCUAAUUGCGCCGCAGUGAUAAGCGACCAUAUACGCUCGAUUUUAUGGAAGCUGGCUUAUAAGCAUCUCGAAAACGGAGAUUGGAAGAAACUUGCGCUUCAUUGGUCAUUUACGCACGAGCAAAUUCAAGCUAUUGAACAUCAAUAUGAUGGACCAUCAAGUUACAAAGAGCACGGGCAUAGAAUGCUCAUGAUUUGGACCUCCAGUCUGUCACCUGAUACUCAAGUACACGAACAACUGUAUCAAGCUCUUUGUGCUAUUGAUAAAAAAAAUACAGCAGAUUCAAUCCGGAAAAAGUACGAAGAAAAAUACCAGGACGAAAAAAAAAAAUCUGGAAGCAAAAGUUGUCACCAAUGUUUAGUGUCGUAA